GCCCAGGGCCUGGGGGCCGUGCAGGGCUGUCUCGGGUUACGUCCGGGGAGCCUUCCCCGCGGGUUGCAGCUCGGAGGAGGCAGGCUAGGGCGCUGCGCGGGACGCCGGGCUGCUUGCUCUACACUCUCCGGCGGGGUUCUGGUCCUCUGAUCCCCUCACAGCAAUGAUGAAAACGUCCCUUGGACCCUAGGAAGCCCUGCCUGAGGAAGUGCCCCACGGCACCUUAACUGAACAGUCCAGAAGAGUAUGACUGAGCACCCACUGGCGCCCGAACUCUGAAGACCACCACGUCCACCACGAUGCCCAGGAUGGCGCUGCACCAGAGCUCCACCGCCUGUCUCCUUGAGGAGGGGAGCUCCGAGGCAUCCCUGCCUGGCCGCGGGAGACAGCGCAAUGUCAGGAAGAAACUGAAGUUGAUUCGGAUCUUGGGCCUUUUCCUAGGCCUGGUAGCCGUUAGCACUGUUCCAUUUUCAGUCAGUGCCUUUUCUGAGAUGGACACACAGAGCACAGGAGAGGCCAGGGUUGUGAGUAGCCCCGGCAUAGCACACAGUUACCGUCAGAGAACUCUCUUAGAUUUAAACGAUGAGAUUUGGGAUCAUACUUCACAGCCACCUCUUCCUCUGGAAGACCAGUCUGAGAACAGCACAGAUCAUGCCCAAGGAGACUACCCUAAAGAUAUCUUUUCCCUGGCAGAGCGAAGGAAAGGUGCCAUUAUUCUCCAUGUCAUAGGGAUGAUCUACAUGUUCAUAGCCUUGGCCAUCGUGUGUGAUGAGUUCUUUGUUCCUUCUUUGACUGUCAUCACUGAAAAACUCAGCAUCUCUGACGAUGUGGCUGGAGCCACCUUCAUGGCUGCGGGGGGCUCGGCCCCGGAACUUUUCACAUCCCUCAUAGGCGUGUUCAUCGCUCACAGCAACGUGGGCAUAGGCACAAUUGUAGGCUCCGCGGUGUUCAACAUCCUUUUUGUUAUUGGAAUGUGUGCUCUGUUCUCUAGAGAAAUCUUAAACCUGACGUGGUGGCCACUCUUUCGGGAUGUGUCCUUCUACAUUGUGGACUUGAUCAUGCUUAUUAUAUUUUUCCUGGAUAACGUUAUCAUGUGGUGGGAAAGCAUGCUUCUCCUGACAGCCUAUGUUGGCUACGUGAUUUUCAUGAAAUUCAAUGUUCAAGUAGAAAGAUGGGCGAAGCAGAUGCUAAGUCGCAAUAAGGUCGUCAAGGUGGCAGCGCCGGAAGUUCAGCCAAAGUCAUCUACAGCCAGGGACAAGGAUGAAGCAGCCCUCCCGACCAAGCCGCGCCUCCAGCGAGGUGGAAGUUCUGCCUCUCUCCACAACAGCCUCAUGAGGAACAGCAUCUUCCAGCUGAUGAUCCACACACUGGACCCCCUGGCUGAAGAACUUGGAUCAUAUGGAAAACUAAAAUAUUAUGACACAAUGACUGAAGAAGGGAGGUUCAGAGAAAAGGCUUCAAUUCUCCACAAGAUCGCUAAGAAAUGCCAAGUGGAUGAGAAUGAGCAGCAGAACGGGGCAGCCAAUCACGUCGAAAAAAUUGAACUCCCAAACAGCACGAGCACAGAAGUUGAAAUGACACCGUCCAGCGAGGCUUCAGAACCUGUACAGAAUGGAAAUCUCUCCCACAGCAUUGAGGCAGCAGACACCCAGCAGGUCACAGAUACAGCUGAGGAGGACGACGACCAACCCCUCAGCCUGGCCUGGCCUUCCAACGCCCGCAAGCAGGCCACAUUCCUGAUCGUCUUACCCAUAGUGUUUCCUCUCUGGAUCACCCUACCUGAUGUUCGCAAGCCUUCAUCGAGGAAGUUCUUUCCCAUCACAUUCUUUGGCUCCAUCACUUGGAUUGCAGUAUUCUCUUACUUGAUGGUCUGGUGGGCACACCAGGUCGGAGAGACCAUCGGCAUCAGUGAAGAGAUUAUGGGUCUGACCAUCUUGGCUGCUGGCACCUCCAUCCCUGACCUUAUCACCAGUGUCAUAGUAGCCCGGAAGGGGCUGGGGGACAUGGCUGUGUCCAGCUCUGUGGGAAGCAACAUUUUUGACAUCACCGUAGGGCUCCCGCUGCCCUGGCUGCUGUACACCCUCAUCCACGGCUUCCAGCCCGUGGCCGUCAGCAGCAACGGACUCUUCUGUGCCAUCGUCCUGCUCUUCAUCAUGCUGCUCUUCGUCAUCCUCUCCAUCGCACUCUGCAAAUGGCGGAUGAACAAGGUGCUGGGCUUCACCAUGUUCGGCCUCUACUUUGUGUUCCUGGUGGUCAGCGUCCUCCUAGAAGACAGGAUCCUUGUGUGCCCCAUCUCCAUCUAGUAGAACAGCCCUAUCUGAAACUGACAGCGCGCUGGCCCCUCUUACUCCAGGCUCUGGCUCCGUCACCACUCGAGCCCUGGGUGCCAGGCGUCCUCGUGGCCCUCCCAGCAGGUGGGCGGAUGGACGGGUGGACAUGCGUCCUUGCCGCAGAAGUGACAGGAGGGAACCAUCGUCGUGGGGCCUCUCCACUCACCCUGACGGGUACUCCUCGCUGGCCGGAGGUACAUUCAUUGUUAGGAUGCAAACAGGACAGCCGCUCUACACAUAUUAUAAAUAUACACAUGCGGAAACACAUCCUGCCUGUUCCUGUCCUAUGCCUCCUUCCAUUCCUAUAGAUUAAUAUAUAACUGUACACAAAAUUAUAUAGAAAAUUUAUAUAUAUAUAUAUAUACAAAAGUACAAAUGCAUCUCUUCAGGGAUAGCUCUAGUAUAUUUAUAGUACCUAUUUGAAGAGGGGCAUCAACCUGCAACCUUCAGUCUGGGCUUUAACUCACAAGC